UCCCAAAUUGACUGUGAUUGUGUGUGCGCCUUCGUCUCCCGUCGUAUCUUCCGAAACACAAAACCCUAAAUUCUUCGUCAGGUGACUUCAUCUUCUUCGUCAGGUGACUUCAUCUUCUUCGCUACGCUCCAAUUGUGAUGAUUUGUUUCUGAAAUUGUUGUUAAUUGCGUCCUUGUUAUUCUCAAGUAUCUGAGGUUGUCUCUGUGGAAAUCUUCAGUUCCAUUUGUGCGAGCAAAUAUGUUGAGAGGCUAUUCAGACUAUAUUGAAUAUAUGAAAACGAAACAAGUAUGCCGCGAGUGGCCGCCGGCGCCGGGAAGUUACAUAAGUGGAAGAGAGGAUCUGAUAAGCAAAUUGCCUGAUUCUUUGAUAUCUGAGAUACUCAUGUACCUUCCCACAAAGGAAGCUGUUAGGACUAGUGUUUUGUCCACUAGGUGGAAAAGUCUCUGGCUUUUGAUUCCCAAGUUGGAUUUGGUCGCUAGCGAAUUCCCAGAUUCCAGUGCUUUUGUGAAUUUUAUGGACAGGUUCAUUGAUUUCUCUAGGGAACACAAGUCAUGUUUGCACAAGCUUAAGCUGAGUAGUCGGAAGAAUGUGAAUGACCCGCAUUGUGUUGCGCGUUGGAUUGACUUUCUUGUUAGGCGUAACCUUCAGCAUCUUGAUGUUGAGUGUCUUGUGAAUCGUAAGUUUUUAGAGGAGAUGCCCUUGAGCCUUUAUGUAUGUGACACGCUGGUAUACUUAAGACUCCACCGGGUUUCGUUGGGUAAGUUUGAGUCCGUGUCUUUAACUUGUCUAAAGACUAUGCAUUUAGAGGAGAAUGUGUAUGCCAAUGAUGUGGUUCUAGAGUCACUUAUCUCGUCUUGCCCGCUUCUCGAACAUUUGAGCAUUCUUAGAAUGGUACAAGAUAAUGUAAAGGUUUUACGAGUGCACUCUCAAACAUUAACCAGUCUUCGUAUAGACUUUUAUUUUGGUGAGGAUGAUGACUACGUUGAUGAUUUUGACAAAAAAGACUCAGGGGUUUUGAUUGAUGCCCCUAGACUUGACUGUUUGAGUCUUGAAGAUCACUGCUCGAAAAGUUUCGUCAUAAGCAGUUUGAGUUCACCUGCCAAGGUAGAUACUGAUGUCAGUUUUGAUUUGGUGGGAAGUGUAUUUAGAAAUGUCUCCUUAAAGAGAAGUGUAGUGAGGACCUUCCUCACUAGGCUCUCAGGCAUUAGGGACAUGACUAUGAGUGGAACAACUUUGAAGAUCCUAUCUUACUACAUAGUACACGAGCCGCUUCCCCAGUUUCCUAACAUGACCCACUUCUAUGCGGUCUUUUAUAACUCUGAUUUGCAAAAGCUUCCAAUUUUUCUUGAGAGCUUCCCGAAUCUCAAAUCCCUUGUCUUGGAGCUGGAGGAAUUUGAGAAGAACGAACUACUUAUUCUCUCAUCAUCAAAUCCAAAAUGUUUAAUGUCAUCCCUGGAGCAUGUUGAGAUUCAACCUAUUAGCGGAGCUGAACCGGAAAUGAAACUAGUAAAGUACUUCCUCGAGAAUUCGGCUGUUCUCAAGAAUUUUACGCUGCGAUUGGGUUGCAAGAGAAUGGACGAAGAGCCUAUCAUCUUCAUGGAACUUCUGAGAUUUAUGAGAUGCUCUGCUUCUUGUGAAGUUGAUGUUGAACUUGAAGUUCGUGUAACGCUUCUCCAUCUCUCGUUUAGAUUUUUAUCUUAUCUUUCCAUCCAAAGCCAUGCAUUUCCUAAGAAGAGAGAAUCUGUACACUCAUUGUGGAAAAUUUGUGAAGGCGGCGACGAUCGCCGGCUAUUGAUUUCUUCGACUGCGAAGACUCAACGAUAACUUGUCUUGAUUGUUUUUCUCAAAAGAGAAAUCAAAUGAGCAACCAAGGAGCAAUUAAGAGAUCUGGAGGAGAUGGGCUAAGCAGCUUCCCUGAU